CCGACACUCAAAGCACUCUACACCCGCCUCAUGGACACGAAAGACCCAAAGUGGAAUGUCUUCACACCCAAUCCAGGCCAACUCAUCCUAGAGAACAGUGGCGUACGAGUCCAAGCGGCCCUCGCCUCACCCAGCCGUAUCAUCCACCCCAAGGGCAAGGACCUCAUAUGGAGGUAUCUCACCAAGAGCCUUCCCCUCAUCAAGACUGGCCCCUGCAAGCGCUGCGGCGCCUACGAGUCCAGCGAGCACAUCUUCUUCCUGUGCCCAAGAUCGCUGGACGCCCUCAGCCACUUCAAGGAAGCAGCAGAAGAGGCUAGCAUCACCAUCAGAACCUGGACAGCCUUGAGAUUCAACAUCGACUCCUCCCCCAUCCUCACCAUGAACCUGUACGCAAUCUUCAUGGAAACCCUCUGGACACUCAGGAACAAGGAACGUCAUCAGGAACAAUUCCAGAUCUCCAAACACCUCAUCCUCUUCAAGACCAAGAUUCUGAUCGAGGCCGCGUGGACACGAGCCAAGAAUACCUGCCAGAGACUGUACACCAAACUCACCAACACUACCAACCCAGAAGCGAAAGAAGCAAUCCACCUACUCAUCACCCAAACCACCAUACAACUCAACGAACAAUGGGGACACCAGACCCUAUACAAUCUGCCACCACUCAACUACACCCGU